AUCUUCACUUUUUUGGCAAUUCAAGCAUUGUAUAUCCUUUAUUCCACAAACAAAUUAUGAUAUAAUUUGAAAUUAUAUAGCUGAAAAUUAUGAUGUAUUUGUUGUCAUGAGACGCAGUCAUGUGAUCUAUCCAACCAAAGCAAUCAAGAUGGUGGCCCGUGUUAUAGUGGCACUGUUGAACUUGAUACUCAAUUUGAUAGCGUUGUUAAAAAUAAAUGUUACUUUGUACAUCCAUCACAUCACGUUCCUUCAAAGGCAAAGAGAAUUUUACUCUGAAUUGGUAUCUGGCGACGGAACACGAGGACAAGUGCAUUUCAGACCGUACAUGCAACAGGGAUUUUCCGCAUGCGCAGUAACAUGAUUUAAGCAUUUUCAUAAGUUUCAGUGUGGACGAGCAACUUUUGGAAAACACUAGUGUGGAUGGAAAGCGUUUUGAAACGAAAACACUGUUUUCAAAUGCAUCCGGAUUAAUGUAGGCAUAGCCUCAAGGUGCUUACCUCUUACCGGAUUUUCCACAUUGGACAGGACAAAAUGCCGGAGGACACUGCGGUUUCUACAGUGAAGACUCUUGCGCACCAGCUACUGGGAAAUAGGGAGGAGUACCCCUGUUUGGAUGGCAAUUUUUCCACAGAGAAAAUAGGAUGCAUUUCACAUAAAUGACAUUAUCUUCAGAAAACUGACUAGCCAUAACCAUCUCUCUCUCUCUCUCUCUCUCUCUCUCUCUCUCUCUCUCUCUCUCUCUCACACACACACACAUCCUUGUUUCUCCAAUAACAUGUUCGAAACAUGUUAUACUAGUAGUUCUGAAGUGAUGUUUUGAGAAGCUUGAACACAUAAUUUGUUUUGAACCAGCAACGGAAGAUUCUGAUCCAUGCACAAAUGCAUUUUUUUGUGACCGUACUCAGUUUUUCCUAAUUAUUUUUAAAAAUGUACUUGUUCAUUGAACUGUUGUAUUUAAACAAUAUCACACUUGAAAUCGUGCUGUAUGGCCCUACAUCAGCACUGCUGUGAUUACCUACGGCACUCGACCUGCGGCUAUAUCACAGCAGUGCUGAUGAAGGGCAGUAUCGCACUCUUUGUGAAAUUGCUUAAAUAUAUAUGCAUAUAUUAUAAUGGAUGCCAUAUCUGUUGAUAAUUUGUAGUAUGCAUUUUACACUUUAUAUAUGAAAACAUUUAGCAUAUAUACUGUAUAUUUGGAGCUUGAAACUACUUCUAGCCAGUAGUCACCGCUGCAUGCUGUAGGCCUAUUGUUGUCCAUUUGGUACAUUUUGGCUUGACUGCAAUACACAAUAUACAAUACAAAAUGCAAUAAGUCAAUAUUGUUUAUAUUGUAUGUUCUGGACAAAAGAAAUGUGUUGAAGGGAAAUAUGGGCCAUUUCACGUAAUAUUUUUGUUUGCAUUUUAAAUGCAUGUAUUUUAAUGCUCAAACGUGGCUUGUGCUCCAUGUUGCCAACAGAGGGCAGAAUGUCAUACUACACUGACACCACACCUCUGAGGAAUAGCUUGGACAUUCAGAAAAUUGCAAUUCUAUUUAUUUAUUUUUUACAUAUUUUAGAAAUAUAUAUUAAUUUGCUUAGAUGCACGUGAGAAACAUAAGUAAAUAGUCAUUUGUGAUCUAUAAAUUCUCGAAAAUUAAGACAGAAGUUACUCAAACAGUAGUAGUGGAGUGAUUUAGGGGAUUUCAAAUCAAGAUCAUUGUAUCGUACAUGUUGUUGUUUUCCCCCAUACAUUUUACAAGAAGAGGAAAGUGCUUUAUUAUUAGGAUUUAAUUUGAUUGGAUGAGCAGGGAUGGAGAGGGAGGGGAGAGUGCAGAAGUUUGUCCAUGCUGGCUUACCAUCCUUAAGGACGUUUGUUUUUUUUUUUUGGUUUUUUGUCUAGUCGGAAACUUUAAAAUUGGCGAACUACAGUCAGGCUUGUUUCAGAUACUGCCAAAUCGAAAUAUGCGUUUAUGAGAAGUUGGACAGUUUUGAUAAGCUAUAUCGUGUUCAACAAGUAGUUAGGCAAAAUAAAAGAGCAUUUGUACGAAUAAAAGUGCGCGGUGCAGGUGGUGCUGUGAUCAGAUCUGAAAGGCAUGAGUUGUUGAGCAGUGUCACAGUCAUGGCAGAACUGGAGGUGGAUCAGUCCAACCUGCCCAGAGUCCAGGAGGUGUGCCAGUGUUAUGCUGUACUGGAGGAUGGUGCUUUAGCACAUAACUUACAGGAGCAAGAGAUUGAACAGUACUACACCUCUAAUGUACAGAGGAAUCUGCUUGUACAGAAGGACAUUCGUGUAGCCAAGACACUGCAGGAUGAGGAACAGCAGAAAGCUCAAAUUCUACAGCAUCAGACCACCCGCCAACGGGAAGAGCGGGACUUGGAGUAUGCACACAUGAUUCAGGAGGAGAUUCAGCGUUGUGCGGAGGAGGCUCUCAGGAGGGAGGUGGAGGACAAGGAAAUAGCAAAAAGAAUACAGGAAGAGGAAGAGCUGUGUGUAAGACACGGGGCAUGUUACCAAAAUAAAGAUAAUCGAGAGUCUACAAGUGUUCCUUCACCACCGUACUCACCUUGGCCUGUUCACACUCCUCACACUGAGCAUCAAUACUACCACCAUCCUCCAAAUAGAAGGUGGCAGCACUCCCCCUCGCCCACCUACUCAGACUCUGAGGAGGACCUAAUUAAACACAGUAGUCCUAAAGUCAUAACCAAUAGACAUCCACAAAUGUACAGAUACUGCAGACAAACAGUAGGACAGCAGAGAAAGCUAGUCAGCUCCAGUAGACCUUCAAGAGCUCAUUUAGAGCUAGAUAAAAGGAGCAUGACUAGCCAAAGCAGCACUGCAAGCAGGGUCACAAACCUGUCAGGUGGAUGGGGUGAUGUCAUCAGGCUUAUUAAAAAUGACUUGAGCGAGCAAGGCUACCUCAGUCACAGUUCUGAGGAUGAACUCUUUGAACCUGUCUAUAAGCUUGAGAGAAUACUGAUAAAAAAGCAGCAAGUCUCAAAUCAGUGUCUGCUAAGUCGCCACAGCAGUAUGAGAGAAGAUCAUAGCAGAACAUGGCAUGGAGAAGGCUGUAGUCGUAGGGAGAGUUUUAGGGACAGGGACCAAGUAAGACAUGUUCACUUCCUGGAUGAAAGGAGGUGGCCCAACAGUUACCAUGGCAAUGGUUAUGGGCCAAAUGAAACUGCUCACAAGGACACUAGAGAGAGGGAUGCAGCGAUACUAAGGGACAACCACACGCAUCCUACUCCGUUGGAUGGCCAACAUCAGACUCAAUCUCAGGAUUUUCAACGUAACAUUUUAAUGCGAAGUGGUUAUGGGGAUAUCAGGCUAAGCAUGAGGACAUGGGUGCGUCAAGGAACCAGAACAAGCAGCUACGAUGAUUCUGGGUUGUUUAAUAGAGUGAGACCUUCAAUUGAGUCAAGAACAGGACAGUUGACGGAGGUGGAAGAGGAAGGUCUAGGUAGCUCGAGAGAUGAACUCCGAGGCAGCAACAAGCGGCAGAGAGCUCGCACAUUGUCAGAGGAGGUAAGGAGGAUAGAAAGGGACCGCAGGCAGUACCGUGGGGAACAUAGAGUCAGGCGAAGCCAAAGUGAGAACUGGCAGAUCUUUGAGGAUGAGGGAUCGAGCUCAGAUGUGGAGGGGUUGGAGAGGGAGACCAGAAUGGAGGAGAGACGGAUGGAGAGACCACGCAAUCUCUAUCAGUCUUGCAGUGGCCACUCCCCCAGAGCAGGACAUGCUUUUAGGAGUGGAAAAGCUGCUCUUGACUUGGGGGAGCUUGAACAAGUGUUGUUGGAUGAGGAGCUAGCCCUUAGGCUUCAGGAAGAAGAAGAGAGAUUGGCUGCAGAGACUCCACAGGGUGCCUCUCCUCUUAGUAGUGUCUGUCCAGUAGGAGACUUCAGAGUGGCACAGGUUGCUCAAGAUGAGGAAAUUGCACGUUUUAUUCAGAAACAGGAAAUUAAGGCUAAACAAAGGUCUCAUGACCUGGACCCUGUGGAACCUGGGCGAGAACACUGGGAGAAUGCGAAUGACAAGAGAGCAGUAUGUGACAGACCGAUACAGAGGGAGAGGCAGGACUCUGAGGGACUUCAAUCUCCAGUUGAUGACUUCACCCGAGAUCAUCAGCCCUGUAGCCCUGUUUCCAUGGCAGCGCCAUCGCAACCCAUCAGGAAUGUUGCAGAAGAACUAGACCCCACUUUUCAAAGAAAGGAGACCACUGAAACAGGGCUUACCAUUAACGGUCCCUGUCAAAAUCAAACUUCCCAACAAGUAGGUUUGUUAAACCCAAUGGAGGAACCUACUUUUGUGCCACCCAUAAAACGACAGAGUGACAAAUUGGGUCGAGUUAAGACCAAGGAGAAGAAGGAAAAUGUGAAACAGAAAGAGAAUUGCAAGCAGCAGUGAUGCUUGACAUAUUAGUGAGUGCAAUGAACUGCAACAAUAAAUUCAUAUUCAUAAAAGAUAGAUGGUAAAAAUUUUGUCCAAACCGUUUGGGGCUUUCCAGUCUUCUGCUUUCUCCAGCAGUUGUGGGAAUUCUGUUGUAAUCAACAAAGUGAGUUAAACUCAUAAGCAAAACAGGGACAAUCCAUCCAGAUAAUGCAGCUAUUUAUCAGUGAUGCUGAACUUCUGUUCAGUAUCUUGCUGCUUUGCAUCUUUAUUUGAUGUUUCGGUUUUCUUUAGCAGCUGGUAAUGGGCUAGUACAUCACCACAGAGGGAAAGCUCCCAUUGGUACUUCUUGGAAAUACAUGUUGGACUUUUUGUUUACAUGAUAUUAUUCUAUUAUUAAAUAGAGUUGGCAUGUGGUUCUGUGAACCUCUGAAGUUUUUUUUCUUUGUUUUUUUUCUGCAUAAUUAUUGAUCUUUUGAGCAAGCAUUCUUUUAUAAGCAUCCUUGCGCUGGAUUGCAGGACCAGUUUCUCACUUGGGCCCAAAGUGUUACUAUCCAGACAUUUCUAUUUUAUCAAAUAUUUCAUAAAACAUUUGAAAUAGAUACCACGAAACUGCCAUUUUGCAAAGACAAAUCAUACAUCUAAAGUUUUUCCUAUUUAGUGGUUUGAGAGAAGGCUCAAGCUUGGGGUAUCCAACAUAGUUAUAAAAGGCUGGAGGAACGAAAACUAUUAUAUGUAUUAUUUUAUGUUGAUGCUUAGUGGAAAUUGUAUAUGUUUCCAUGUUAGCCAGUUCUGUUAUAACAAAAUAAUGGAAAUAAUGUGUUAGGAGUCAUGAGUCAAUGUGCCUUCGUUGCCUGUAAGUAAAAAAUAAAUAAAAUGCUUUGUACAGAUGA